GGCCAAGGAAAGGCCCUUCUCUCUCUUUUUAUAGUUUUGUACGCCGAAGGGCAUCCCCAUCCUUGCCCCUGCCUGGUGCCAUGUGUGCUACACCAACCAAGUAGGUAUAAAACAGUUGCUUCAGUGCUUCAGUAACUCGUAGUUGGUUGGGAAAGCUACAAGUGAUGUUGUUAACAGCUGUUGGAAGUUUGUCUGAAAUGUUUAAAAAAGAUGCAGUCUGUUUUACAUUUUGAGUGACUUUAAUCUGCACAAAUCCAUUUUGCAACCAUGGAGGAUGCUCUUCAGAAGCUCAUGAAGGAGUCUGGCGCCUCAAAAUAUGCUAAUAUUGCCACAUCAGCUAACCGAGCUCUCGAUGUACUCGAAUCUUACACGAGAGCUCCCUCAUUUGAGAACCGAAAAAAUGUCUUGGAAGCUGUGCAACAUGCUUUGGCCCAUGGAAACCAAAAGCUGAUUUCCCAAGCCAUUGUGGUGCUUCAAAAAAUGGUUCGAGAUGACCGUUUCCAUUCCAAAGAAAUUGAAAAGGACCAAUACCAAUGGAUGUCAUAUCAAGUCAUUGGAGCCUUAGAUGACUCCUCUUCGUCUUCAAGUUUAAACGAAGAGCAAAAACAAGAGCUCUUAAAGGUUUUACUCUCGUUGUCUUGCAAUCCGGGAUGGAUCAUGAAUGGAAGUUUAGUAGUUCAGGGCUUGAAUUUAUGCCUAAAUCUCCAUACAACCGGAAACAAUGGAACUAAGGCCGCGGCACAAGCGACUUCCGCUCAAAUUAUUUCGGAAUAUUGUAAAGAUCUCGACAAAACCUCUCAAGAGGACAAGUUCAACGACGCCAUGGGGUUAUUCCAAUUUCUCGGCUCUAAAAUGGAGGAUAUACCCAAGGAUUCGGGAGAAAGUGGAUCAGAGAUAGGACUGAUUCUUCAAUGUUUGAUCACUUUGAUCGCCACGAUACCCAGGGAAAUCGUGGCGAAUGAGCAUUUCCAGAAGCUGAUCCCAAAGCUGACUUCCACGCUGCUCAAUUACAUUGGACACAUAGAGAAACAAAGCAACGAGAAGGGUGGUUUUUGGAAGAAGAAAAACUCUGAGGAGAUCGUCUUAAGCGAACAUCAAUGCAAGAUUGUCUAUUCUGUCGUUAUCGAGCUUACCAAACUUUUGGGAUCAAGUCCCAGUCUGAGGCCGGUUUUGGAAAGCCUCCUUCACAGAGUAUUCACGUGUUCUCCUACCAAUCAGAGAUUGCAAAUGAUCAAGGGUCUCACCGAGCUGUUUUCGGAUGUCUCUCAACUAACAAAUCUCACAGUGUACAAUUUUGGUCAAGUUCACGAAGAUCCCGUUGCAUUGAUGGCAUUAGUGAUGAAAUGUUUGGAAAUCAGUUACAAGGAUUGUCCGACUACACUUGUCGAGCUCUUGAAAUGUUUCCAUCAACUGUUCGCAACAUUGAAUAAUCUGUCCAUGGGAUAUGGAAUCAACACUAUUGAAAAGGCCCACAGGAUCCAAAGCUUGUACCCAACUUUGAAAUCGAGCGAUUAUGAAGGACCAACAAGCUACGAUUACUACAAAAAGCAGUCCCAAAGCAAAAGUUCAGAAAAAGGUUCAGCUGAACAAAAAGUAAGGACAAUGUCCGACGAAGAUGAGGGUUCAAAUGACGAUGCUCGUGAUGAAGAGGGUCAGGAGAGUUCGCCGAAAAGGCUCCAAUCUGACGAAGAACCGGAUCAAAAAGUGGAUGGCCCUUUUCCGCAUAAAUCUAGGGAAGAUUCAGCUGAACAUAGGCGAAAAGAGAAUCCUCAAGAGGACGAAACAACUAGCGAAAUACCCAAAGAGGCCCAAGAACAAGAUCAUUUGGACAAGAAUCCCAAAGACGACGAAAGCGACAAUCAGUCGUUGGCAUCCGACGCCACCGAUGGGCCAGAAGAAGGUUACGAGGAUGAGCAAUCCACACUUCGGCUCGAUGCCUACGUGGACGAAGCAAGCCAAGUGGAAGCCGAAGCGAGUGUUUAUCGAAGCGGAAAGAUCCCGAAGCUCCUAGUUGAUGACCAAGCCCGAGCAGAAUUGAAAACCAAUCUCUGUCGAUUGGACAGUGAGCCAGAUAACGAUGCUGUCAAUGAGGUCGAGCGGGAAAAUGCCCGGAUCUUCAUCAAGAAACUGAAGGAAAGUCUCGACCACAUCAUAAGUGCUCGAGGUUCGGUGGAAAUCGACAACCGCAUCCAAGAAUUUGCUUCCAAAUUCUGCCAUGAAUUCUCCACCCAUUCCAUCGAGAACUGUGGGGCGACGUCAGGUCGUCGAGUUGUGAUACUUAAUGCCGACGGCGUCUACUUAACUUGCUACAGUGCAUUGCACUUGAACAUGCAAUUGUCCAUGGCCGGAUUCUAUAGCUCGGACCUCAAAGAUGAAGACAACAGUAUUCGAUUGCUCUCAUGGGAAAGUUUCAUGAACAAUAUUCUGGCCAGUGGACUUCUGAUUUACGUGUCUCCCAUCUGGCUCUCGGAAGUCUAUGACCAGGUCACGGAGGUGGAUAUCUUUGAAUUCGGCUGGAAACUAGAGAGCGGGAAAAUGAACGGCUUGAGGAACCUGCUGGUGGAUCUGGACGGAAUGAACCGCACUGAGAAGGGGGCUCAACUGGUUUGCGAGUAUCGCCGAUUUCGACCGGAUCUCCAAUGGAGCCGAAACGUAGAGGACGACGGAGAAAUCAAGGCCUGGGCUGGAAAGCUUCUGGCCAGAAGGAUCCUCACCUCGGGUUGGAGUCCAUUCUUAUCGCUUUUACAUCAAGCUUUGGGCCCUUACUUACAGCUCUCGAAUGGAGGGCGCUCCAAUGGUUUGGCCGGAUUGCUGGCCCCCUCCAAGAAGAAAUCAAAGGUCAACUUUGGUGAUGAACGCUUGGCCAAUGGGUUGGAAUGUCUUCGCAAGGCAUUGGGCCUUUGUCAGAAACUGGAAAUGCAUGAUCGUUGUGGGCAAAUGCUCGAACCUUUGACCUCUUUGAUUUGCCCAGACCUCCUCAAUUUACCAAAUGAGGCUCGGGAAGGGCAGCGGAGAAACUUGAACAAUCUUCUCAUUGUCGAGGAAGUGCUUCAAGAUGCUCUCGAGGCGGGAUCGCAAUCCAUUGACUGCUGGAAGUACAUUAUGCGAUGCGUCACAUACAUUCUUUAUACGAGUAAUGGACGAGGAGAUUUGCAGAUAGGUGCUUCAAAGAUGAAAAACUCGAGCCGCAAAAAAGAUUCGACCAACCCCGGAGAUGUCAACGACUUGAAUUUGAAGUUUGACUCACCGGAGCAGGGUGAAAACACUUUCUCGUUCUCGUCAUUCGCUUUGCCUCCGGGCUUUGAUCGGGAAACCGAUCACGUUGAGAAUUUGAGCGACAUCCUCGCCCACUACACUGAGGUCAAGGAGCGUAACACGAUUUUGACCCCUGAGGAGACCACUCAAGCCAAUGGGUUGCUGCUGAAGCGCAUUGAUCAACUCUUUGACGACGCUGCCAAGAAGCUGAAUCUGAAGGCCCUGGUGGGAUUUUUAUCCGAGCUCUGCUUUUGUUCUCACAAAGAAUUGUUGGUGGUUUUCCCUCGGAAAUCGGGUGCCCUCUCCACCAAGAUCAAGCACCAAAGGCAAAGACAACAGAAAUCUCAAGUGUUUUCGAGUGCGACAGCCAACGAUUCCCUGCUCUUCCACCGAAUCAGCGAAGUCAUGCUCAAAUGUGUGAAGAGCGGUCGACCGUUAUUACACAUCGUCAAGGCUUGGGCUCUGGUGGGCCAGCAUCUAAUGGAGGCUGCUUGUCAUAAGGAAGGGAUUAUAGCUCAAAAGGCCGUUCAAUACAUACACGACAUCGUGACAGUGUUCCUCCAAAACACGAGCGAGUUCCCCUAUUUCCAUUUCAAUGAGUCACUCUUCAAACCCUUCGAGAAUUUGGUGUGCAUGGAUCUUUGCGACAUGGACACCCAAGACCACAUUGUGUCGAGUAUAUGCGAAUUUGUGGAGGCUAGCACCACGGAGAUCGGCUCCGGCUGGCGAUCCCUAUUUGGAACGCUCAAAGCGGUGCAUUUUCCAUAUACUGAAGCCAUUCAAGUCACGGACGCACAUUGGCAAGCGGUGCUUGACGUCUUUGAAGCAUUCCUGGCCACGGAGAACCCCCAGGUGUUUGCUAAUGCCGCCUUGGACUAUGUCACUUGUCUCAUUCAUCACAUCCGAGGAUCCGAAGAACGACAGCAACUGGAGGAGCUGGUCAGUCUCAAAGAUGUGGAGAAGGUUCACUUGCCCAACGAUGGUUCAGGGGAAAAUCUGACCCAGUCGGCUUUGGGAUACAUCAUGCAAUGUCACGAGAUCCUGGGCCGCAUGUACAACAUGUCCUGCUGCCCCGUGUUCCAAGGGGCUCACCGAGUUCACUUGCUAGAUGUACCACAAGUGGUGGAUCCAGUCGUGCCUGAGAUGGAAGUGAUCAGCUUUGGUGAUGCUAGUCAAACCUUGCCACAUUUUCCUUACUCAUACGCAGAGCUUCAAACCUCGGAAUCAUUACCUACGGAAGAUUACGACCAGCUCUUUGCCAUGAGCAACAACCAUAGGGGGCUUUUACGAGUCUGGUAUUUGCUGUUGGAUGGAAUGACAUCUGCUGUUAUCAAUUGUCCACGCAGCCAGCAGUCUUUAGCAGCGGAUGCUCUUUUCACCAUCUUUGGGUCUUUACAAAACGACAAUCACAGCCCAGAUCUGCUUGCCUUUGGCCUCUAUUGUACGAACCAUUUGAUGCUGCCCAUGCUGCAGUCAUGGUUACGUCGAUCCCAGAGGACUUUCCAAGGGUGGCUGACUUCGGGAGCCAAUUUCAAGCAUUGCAUGGGUAAGACCACGGAACUGGUUCUUACCUGGAUGGUUCACCCCAAUCGAAAAUCUGUGGAAAACCAUAUCUAUUUGAUGUUUAAACAACUCCUCCUGAUUCUAAUCGAGUGCACCGUCAUCCCUGUCGAAACCAUAGCUCGCUUGGGUUGCUCGUGUUUCAGACACAUCAUCACGUCUCAAUCGCAAUGUUUCAGUCGGAAAGAAUGGAACGUACUCUGUCUGUCGCUUUGUCGAGCCUCGCAAAUAACUUUGUACCCGCUUCAUCAGAUAAUGAGUCCAUUCUAUGCAGGAUCCAGCAAUUUCUAUGGAGAUAUGGGGGACGUUAAAGUAGCUGCCAGACGGGAUUCAAGCAAGCGAGAAACCCAUCGGCUCGCCCAAUUAGCUCAGCAGGUUUUGCUCUUGGAUCAACAAAGGAGUGAGCUGCAAAGCUUCCCAGACAACCCUGAUGUUGAGGAGCGAUCCUUUCUGUUCCUUUUAAACCCUCCGGGUUUAAACCAAAACGGGGAUGGCCUCAGCGAUGCCUCGCUAAUUCGAGUCCCUUUAAGAGCCUUGUUGACAGGUCUGACGGCUCAUCAUAUUUUACUCCAAAUGAUGGGCACGCUGCUACUGAAAGGCACUAAUCACAUCAUACCCAGUCUGGCCAAUCUGUUGCUUCAAAGCUCUAUUAUGACUCCAAUGACUCCUGGAGAUGGUUCGGCCAAAUCUUUUGAGGAGGGACACGUCAGCUUGCCCGGCAAUCUGCCUAAUUUGACCUCUGAAAACGUGCAAAUGAUCCUUUGCUCGUUACGCUUCUCACAUCAAUCCGCCUUGGAAUUCGAUUGCCGACCGGGAAUGAAGUUUCUCGUUCAGAAAGUUGCUCAACUGAGUAAUGCUGCUAAUUUGUACAAGCAAGCAGGGGCAUCAUGGUGUUUAAUGGCACUCACUUUAUUUCAUCUGUGCUUGGCCAGGUUAAGAGAUUCCGAAGUCACUCCCAAGGAGAUCAAACGUUCUCUGGAGCAGGAGCAUCGAAACCGGAACACCAGUCAGUUCUCGGCCGUCCAAACCGGCAAGGUUUCCAAAGAAGGGGAAGCCGACACUCUGAUCAUCGAGAGCGUUUCUACCACCAACGAGUUCUUCGUGGACCUCCACAACUUAUUCCUAGACAUUUGCGAGUUGUACGUGGAUAUUAUCGUGGAUAAGGAAGGGCAUCAUAACAAGAUGGAUGAGAUGAGCAAGCAGCAGCUCUAUUUUCUAACCGUUGAACCUGAUGAUUUCCAAGCCGUCUUCAAACAGUCGAGUCGUGAAAGUAUCUCCCGAAAAAGUUCAACGCCAUCAGGUCGUCAAACACCCUCAAGUAUCAUGUCUGACAAAUCUGACUCACCUAAAGCCUCGGGUAUGAAUUCUUCGUCCCCAAAGCGACCGUUUCACUUCUCUGAUUUCACGUCCCAACCCAUUCGCCCGGACUCGCCCAAUGUGAGCGAAGACUCGGACAUCCAGGCCCAUCGAUUGAUCAAGGGCGGAUCAAUGACCUCCAACGCCAACAAGGAGGAUGGGGACGUGUUCUUCAACGAGGAAGAAGAGGUCUUCCGGGUGACCACUCAAGCUGAGUACGAUGCUAUGAUGUCCGAAUUCAGAUUUCGAAAGGGCAAGCGAUCCCUGCCCUCUACCUCAUCCAAGGACCCUCUCCAGAGUGUUGGAAUGCUAGACGACUCAGAGCGCUCCACCACGUCGAAAGGUUCGCAAGGCAGAGCCCGAAGAAAUCCUUUCAUGGCGCGAGCGAGUCGUCGGAUUUCCAAUAGCGACGAAACCGACCCCGAGAUCGCCAGCCAACAACGCUCGAGUUUGAUGGCAGAUAGCGAGGCUCAAAUCAAAGUCUGGACCGAGUUGGUCCAAGUAUUCCUACACUUGUCCUUGGAACUCUCCGAAUCCGACUUCCAGAAAUUCCUACCCCUUCUUUUUCCAGGGGUCAAAGCCCUCACGGUUCAUGCGCAAGACGACGAGCUGAAACAGAACGUAGCAGCAUUUUUCCAACGAGUGGCCAACAUUUACGGCUUUGACUCUGAUGCAUAAAGCGAUAAAAAUGUAACCUCUCGCCGGACCAUCCUCUCAUCCUUAUCUGCCCGUUUCACAAGUACACAAUACCUUAUGGUGUUCGUGCACCUACCAAAUAUGAGGGAAUCUUAAAAGCCAAGCAACAACAUUUGCCAAUCUCGUGUUUGUAAACCAUCAUUGUUCUUCCUGUGAUCAGGUAUUAAAAUCAUUCCAUGUACGU